AUGCCGCCUCUAAAGGACUUCUCGGACAAUCAAUUCCUCGACCAUUCGGAUUUCAAAAAAGGUUGCAUUGCCUUGCUUCAAAAAUUGCGACCGUACCAGUCCAAGGGUGGUGCCCGCAUACGACUACCACUCGCAACGGGCACGCAUUUUGAUGAUAUAGCAGCUCAACUAGAAGGUUUCGCCCGGCCACUAUGGGCAGUUGGAGCACUCUUGCAUGGAGAGGGCAUUUGUGACGAAGAAGUAAAAGCUCUCACCGAUCCAUAUGUUCGUGGCCUUGCCAAUGGUACAGAUCCGAAUCAUCCAGAAUACUGGGGACCAGUUGUUGUACGGGACCAGCGCAUGGUAGAAAUGGAGAUAAUAUCCUUUGCUCUCCUUGCUGCACCGGAGACUAUGUUCCAUAACCAAAUGCCUGAUGCGCAGCAGAAUAUCACCCAAUGGCUCUACACUCUCAACGGCAAAGACUUUCCCACGACGAAUUGGUUAUGGUUCCGUGUCAUGACCAAUCUGGCACUUGUGAAGGUGUGCGGUAUACCGCAUGCUGAUCUCGAACAGGCCAUGAAGUCUGACCUCGACGCAAUGGAGCAAUUCUAUCUCGGGGAGGGGUGGGCGGCAGACGGCAUAUGGAAUGACAACUGUCGGCAAGCGGACUACUAUUCUGGGAGUUUCGCCAUUCAAUUCUCGCAGCUGUUGUAUGUUAAAUUUGCGCAAGAUCUGGAUCCAGAUCGUUGUGAUGUAUUUCGACAACGGGCGGCAAAUUUCUCCACCUCAUUUUGGAGGUACUUCCAUUCCGAUGGAGCGGCAAUCCCUUUCGGCCGUAGCCUUACUUACCGAUUCGCCUUCGCUGGCUUCUGGUCUGCUGCAGCUUUUGCGGAAGUUGAGUUGCCUGCGCCUCUUCAUGAUCUGGGUGUAAUCAAAGGGUUACUACUUCGCCAUCUCAGGUGGUGGAGCAACAAGGAUGAUAUCUUCAACGUCGACGGAACACUGACUAUAGGAUUCGUAUACCCUAAUAUGUAUAUGUGCGAAGAUUACAACUCCCCACAGUCGCCUUAUUGGGCAAUGAAAUCUUUCGUUGCAGUAGCUCUCCCCACCGUUCAUCCAUUCUGGCAGGCAGAGGAGAAGGCUCUACCCGAUGAAGACGCAGCCCAAUUAUCUGUUGUGUCAGUUAAACCAGCUUCACAAAUUAUUUGCGGAAGUUCAAGGCACCACUAUCUCCUUUCCACUGGCCAAUUUUGUCCAUGGCCUCUGAAGGCUACAGAAGCGAAGUAUGGCAAAUUUGCCUACUCCUCUCAUUUCGGCUUCAGUGUUCCUACAGGAUCAUCAGUGAUGGCUCAAAUAGCGCCAGAUAGUACCAUUGCUCUCAGCAAAGAUGACGGCGAUACUUGGCGCGUCCCAUGGAAGUUUCAAGAUCAUAAAUAUGGCACUGCUUCCCUGGUGAAUAAGGAAACGGGGUCUGUCGAAAAACUUCCCACCUUGACUGGAGUCUGGAAACCUUGGAAAGAUGCUGAUAUCGAAGUCGCGACAACUCUUAUCCCCCCUUGCUCUCGAUGGCCUGAUUGGUAUGUAAGAAUCUACAAGGUCACAGCGAAAGACGGCCAGCCACGCAACCUUCGAGCCGUUGAAGGUGGCUUCUCUUUGUAUGGCCGAGGCGCAAAAGCCGGCGAAGUGUUGCCUUCAGUCCAAAGUAGUACAGCGUUGUUUGACACAAGCACUUCUAGUACAAUCGAAGGCACCUUAGAAACGCCAAAAUCUUCACUUAUUGGCUCUGGUGUUGGGAUCAGUGGCAUUAAGCAUCUAUCAGAUUUACAAUCAGGUCUUGAGUCUGCGGGAAAGAUCUUGAAGCCAGACGCCAAUACCAACUUAAUUUGGCAGAGAACGUUGAUUCCAACAUUGGAACAUACUCUGGGCCUCCCAGGAAAUGGCGACUCAAUUGUCUUUGCGACAGGCGUCUUCGCUAUUGGAUUACAUCCUGAAUCAAGGAUAACAGCUAGAGACUAUAAUACCGGUCAUUCUUGGGAGGAUUCUCCCAUCUUGGAGACUUCGAAGAGAAAUAUUGCCGAUACACUGUAUUAUAUCCAAGCGGAUUAGUUUGU